UGGGGUUGACGUCAGUGAGACCACGUCCAUGUUCUAAUCAAUCUAUGGUUUCAGGGGGUGGACACGAACAUGCCUCCUAUUCAGAGCGAAAACUGCAAACUCUAAAGAUAUACAGCAUCAGUGUUCAAGUCAGUCACCAUGACAAAGUGAGACAGUCAUGUCUUGGUCUUGGAGAGGGACAUCCGGUGUGUGUUUGAUCUGCCGAACGAAGACGGGGGUUCGAAGUAAACAAAGUUUCUGACUGCACAAAGUUGUUUCUGUUGUUGUGGACACUUGACUUAUACUCCUGGAGCCAAACUUUGAGAGGCCGCCUUCUGGAAACACUUUUAACUGACCGGCUGACCACCUGAGGAGCAGGAUGUCUGAGCUGCCGUCUUUCUCCCGCAUGUCCGCUCUGCUGCUUUGCAUCCUGGGUAUGACAGUGAUGACGUCUGGCCUCCCUCAUCCUCGAUUAAAUCUCAGAAGUCCAGAUGAUUCGGAGGAACCGAAACAAUAUGACUGGGACAUCCUCUUCCCCUCCAUUUCUCUCCGCGAUUGGAGCAUCCAAAUGAUGUCAGCGCCGAGCCUCAGGGAAGCAGCCAAUAGCAAAGGAGGACUGAUGAGGGAGGCGUGGCUCUUUGGCCCAGAGAGAGCAGAGGCGAGCGACGAGAGGGCGUGGCCUGCCAUGUGGUCGCCUCAGGGCGGCGGCCUGAUGAAGAGGAACAUGGUGGUGGCCGAUGACGCUGCUUUCAGAGAGAAGAGUAAACUGCUCACCUCCAUGGAGAGACAAAAGUGGCUAAACUCGUACAUGCAGAAACUGCUGGUGGUUAACUCUUCGUGAUGAUUAUAAAAACCUUUUAAAGUGACAGAGUCUUUAAAAGAUAGAUCAGUAAACAGAAUAACUUUAGAUUUAUGGUGCAGACAUGAUCGGAUGUUGUUAAAUGCACCUCCAGAAUUAAAACUCUUUGCCCAUUUCACAGUUUUAUCUCUGACAGAACAUUUUUAGGAUGAAGAAGUUGCAAAAUAUGUUUAAAUAAAUACUUAGGAUUGUUUAUUUAUUCACUUAUUUAUGAGUUUAUUGAUGUUGAAUCAAUCUGGAGUGAUUUUGUUGAAAUAAAAUGUUC